AUUCAUGUAUGUGAAGUUCGCAAUCCGUUCGCUCUUAUAUUUACACAUUUUCUUCGAUCGUAUGAAUAAUAAUUGAAUUAUAAAUACGGGAAAGUAUGUUAUCUUUUACUUUACUAGCUGCCUAUAGUAUGUUCCAUAAGGGUCCACGUCCAUUAGUUUUGUGUGGUCCUUCAGGAAGUGGAAAGAGUUCGUUGAUAAGAAAGCUUUUAAAAGAACACCCAGAUACAUUUGGUUAUUCUGUUUCUCAUACAACUAGAGCACCCAGAUCAGGUGAGAAGAAUGGGAAACACUAUCAUUUUACAACUGUAGAUAAAAUGCAGAAGCAGAUAGAAGAGGGUAAAUUUAUUGAAACUGCUAUAUUUGGCGGAAAUAUGUAUGGUACCAGCAAAUGUGCAGUAGAAGCUGUUAGGCAAGCAGGUAAAGUUUGUGUAUUGGAUAUUGAUAUGCAAGGUGUGGAACGAGUUAAGCAAAGUUGUCUUGAUCCCUUAUACAUAUUUAUUAAGCCACCAUCUAUUGAGGAAUUAGAGAAAAGAUUGAGAGCAAGAAAAACAGAAACGGAAGAUGCUUUGCAACGUAGGUUAACUAUUGCUAGAACAGAGAUGGAAUAUGGUGAACAGAAUGGUAAUUUUGAUAUAGUGAUUGAAAAUGAUAACUUUUCUGAAGCAUAUCAGAAAUUAAGAGAGUUUAUUAUAUCAAAUUUGGAACUGAAAAUAUAAAAUAAAAUAAGUAUCUGCAUGCUAUACACAUGAUGGUGUUUAAGCUGUUUGAUUAUUUUGUCUUGAGUACAUGUAGAAAGGACGUGAAAUAAUUCUAGAUUAUGAUAUCUUGUCAAAUAUACGAUAGGGACAGUCAAUUUGCAUGGAAGAUAGAAGUUUAGUACAGGCUAGAUAUCCAAAAGAAAAAAAAAAAGAAAAAAUAAUUGGAAAAUUAAAUAUAAUGUUUUAGAUGUAGUUAAUAACUGAGACUAUU